CGUUCUGUGUUCUGUGGUUUGAUUUUGACUUUAUAAAUUCUUGAGUGGUUUAGUGGUAUUUGUCGGAAAUUUUAUUGUCCUAAAAAGCGUUUUCAAAAAGAACCAAAAAUAAUGAGCAGAAGGAGACGUCGUGCCACACGCUCUGUAAACUACGACGAAGAUGAUGACUCCGACGACGAUGCGGAAAGAAAUUAUACAAUGGAUAUUUUUCUACAAAUUGCGAGAAAUAUCGCGAGCAUAUCCAAACCGUCUAGGGGCAGGACCCCAGCCAAGAGGAAGAAGUCUUCUACUGCGCCAAGGGCAUCGAGAGGUAGAUGUCGUACAAGUGCAAGCACCUCAACGAGAUCAAACACAAUGGGGAGUAGACAUGCUUCUGUGGCGUCCACUGAUCCCGAUCCAAUUGAUACUGAAUAUUACGAGAGGGUGCGUAACAGAGUGAAUAGCCACUUCAAAUCAUCCAUUGUUCUUGUUUCUGAUAAUGAAGAUGCGGCACCGCCACCGCCACAAGCAGCUAAACCGGCAUCACAAUCGAGAUUUUCAAAGAGCUUUUAUGUGCUGACAGACUCUGAUGAUGAUGUUUUGCCAUCAACGUCUACUGGUCCUGACGUACAGAAAACAACCACCACAGAAAGUACAGCUCCGGCUGCACCAGAAACCGUGCCCAAAGAUGAGCUAUUAGAAGUGAUAGAUGAUAUUUUAGAUUGUACAGAUGCGUCCCCGGUGAAGACUCCUGUGUCAGACAGCAUUGAAGACUGGAAAGCCAAGACGGAAGAAUUGCUUAGCAACGUGGACGCAAUCAUGAAAGAGGUGUACGAGAAAACUGGAACAAAGAAGAAGAAGGAGGAGCCUAAGAAGGAACCAGAGAAAGUUGAAAAUGUUGCGCCACCAAAAACUGUAGAGGUUCCAACAUGUCCAGUUUGUUUGGAAGUUCUCGGUGGUUCAAUCCAAGCCGCGACAACUCAUUGCGGCCAUAUUUUCUGUCUAUCUUGCAUCAAGGCAGUAGCCAAGAUUUCAAGAAAAUGCCCCACAUGCAGAAAAUCAGUCACUCUUAAGAAAAUCGUGGCUAUAUAUCUAUAGUUUCAUUUACAAUAUUUCGACAGUUGGUUUUAGAUAAUGAUUUCUUCUUUCUACAAACUCACCGUGUAUAAACGCUAUUUUAUGCUCCCACGUGUCGUUUUUCAGAAAAUAAGUCAAGUCUUGCAGCCCCAUACAACCACUAUCAAUUUAGUAAAGUUCGCUUUAUAUGCUCACUGUAACGCAGAUAGGAAUUCAUCCCUCUGUUGCGUGAGUCAGUGGACUACACAGUCGAGCAAGUUCGCAAGCACAAAAGGCCGCGGCUCGCACCGUAACUUAGAACAACCAAAAUUGGAGCAUUUUGACAAAAUCUUUAGAAAAAAUCGAAUAUUUUUAGACCAUAUCAAAAUCUGUGAAGUGAUUUUAACAACGCUGCAUAUCCUAAAAGAUUCUCUUCUUCUCCUUUGCUCUCGUUCUUCCUUCUCUGCUUUCCUUCCUUUUUUUUCUGGGUUACCAGACCUGACAGACUUACACAACGAUGACUUGAGGAAUUCAUUAUCUGAAACCAAAUUGUACAUUUAGUAUUUUUUAAUUUUACGUUUUUAUGUCGUUUGCUUUAAUAUACGUUCGGGUAUAACUGCGUUCCAUUUUUUCUACCAAAUGACUCGCUAUUUCGUAGCUUUAAGUUUUUUCCAUAUUUCGAGUCGAUUUCGCCUUGUUUUCAAACAGCAGAUACUCUAUGGCAGUGUCUUUUAAGUAUUUUUCAUGUUAGGAACCAUAAUAGUUUUUAUUCAAAAUAUUAGAUAUACAACAAAUGUGAAGCAGUUGAGCCUCUUACAAUGUUUAUAAAUGUGCAUCUGAAAAUUACCAUUUUAGAUUGCUGUGAUGUUAAUUUCAGGUACGUACUACAAUAUAUGGCUUAUUCCUUUAAA